UUCUUUCCCUUUAUCUCUUUAAAGCACCCCCCCUACUCUUUUUAAUGUCUGACCAAGAGACCCCGCUUCUGGGUCCUAGGGCAACACCUUUUGGCCCGAAAACCAAACAAGACCGUCUGGCCGGCUAUUCUACUCAUCUGGGUAUAGGAUUAUUUACAGUCCUCGUACUUUCAGUCUUGAUUAGACUCCCACUGUCAGUAUUUACAAUUCACCCGGUAUUUAUGACCAUAUUUGUGGUAUCCAUAAGUGAAGGCAUUUCGCUUCUUCAGCCAACUCAUACUCCAGAGCAAAAGGCACAGGGCUUGAAGAAACAUGCUGCAAUUCAAACGAUCUCUUACGUGGCAGCCAUUAUUGGAUUCACGGCAAUUUUUUACAACAAAGUUAUUUCCAGUAAACCACACUUUACAUCUGGCCAUGCACAGCUGGGCGUAUUUGUGUUUUCAUUUUUGUUUGUCCAGGUCCUGUUUGGUAUCAUAAUUGCCGUCUUGCCGAGAGUAUAUGGUGAUCAAUCAAACGCAAAAAGCUUGUGGAAGUACCAUCGAGUGUCUGGAUACCUCUUGCUUGUUCUUAUCUGGACUACAGUUCAGCUCGGAGUCCGUGCUGAUUAUAUGUUCAACAACCUUUGGUCACCGCAAUUGAUCUGGUUGCACUGGCUUGUGGUUGUUCUGGUUGGAUAUGGUGUAUUGAGAAGAAUACGAUUUGGAAAGUGGGGUCUCUAAGACUAAACAAAACAAAACAAAACAAAACAAUUUUUUUUGUAAUUUGAUCUAUUCAUUUCUUUUCUUCUUUCUCUAUGCUUUGAACAAGAAAGCCGAUAUUAUUAUUUCUAGUAGUAAAGAAGUCUUGAUGUUUCAUCUUUCAAACAAACAAAAAAAUACACACACACAGAUAUAUACACGUCCCUAGAAUAUUUGUGUUUGUGUUUGUGUGUUUGUGAGCAUACGUAAAUACCUUUAUGCAAAUAUGUACAAAUAUGUAUGUACCUGCAAGCACACUCUGAAACACAAAAAAAAUACUAUUGAUACCC